AGUUUCUGUGAGUAUUAUUAUAUAAGCAUCACAACUUACCACAGAGUGUUACAUCAAGCAAGAAGAGACUCCGGUUUAGAUUGCUGGAGCUAUGUCUCGUCAGGCUGAAAUGGUGCUACUUCUUAUUCUCGUCACAGCAGCAAUGGCCUUUGCUGGACACAAUACUGAAUAUGGCAGAUGUCCAUAUGGCUGGGUGAACUGUGGCAACCGGUGCUUCAUAUAUGCCGCUACACCUGUAAACUGGGCUUUGGCUGAGGAAACCUGCCAGCGUUAUGGUGGACAUUUGGUCUCCAUACACAAUGAAAAUGAAUAUCAAACUGUUAAGACUCUCAUUCGCACUUAUGACCAUGUGGAGAAGCCAACAUGGAUCGGCCUUUCUGGGUGUCAGCAGAAAUUUAAUUGGUUCUGGUCUGAUGCCACAGCAGUGACCUUCACCAAGUGGAAUCACAGAGAGCCAAAUCAUUUUCUUAAAGAAUGCUGUGUGCAUAUCAACUUCGGCAAACAGAAGGACUGGAAUGACAUUAACUGUAAAAAGCAAUAUCCCUUUGUGUGUGCCAAAGGGAUUUACUGAAAUGCUCCAAGCAUCAACUCACCAUCUGCAUCUUAUUGCAAUCUUUUUUUUUUUUAAUUUGCAAAAAUCUAACUGUGCAACUCAAUUUGAUUAAUAAAAAAUCUCUUCAGGC